AAUAAAGACAAAGAGGGUCAUUUUGACUCUGGCAAAUGCAGUUCCAAGAAACAGGGGAUGAAUUGAAAGAGAAAGUCGCAGUACUUAUCGCGCUAUUGCCAUUUCUUCUUCCUCAAAGUCUCUAUUUUGUUGCUUAUCACUCGAAUCCAAAGUCAGUGUUAAUAGAAAGAGAGUGAAAAAAAAAAAAAAAAUUAGAAGAAAAGAAAAGCUGAAAACAAAGAAUUGAUAACUAAUGCUUUGUUUCUUCUGUUUCUAGUCUGGUCCUUCACCAAACUUUUUUCUUACAGUGUUUCCACGAAAUGACAUUAGAAGCUUCCUAGUUGCCGUCGCAAAGCUUUUCUCCCUUUUCUUGAAAAUAGAAGAAGAAGUUGUCUACUAAGGCGUCUUGGUUCUGGUAUAUAAAUAUAGUUAUAGUUGAAGAAUUCUGAAGAGUUGAUUAUUUUUGUCGUUGUGAUAAAGAAAAGAGAAGAGAGGGACAAUGGAAAGUUUCUUGAAUGAUAAUUUUGAUGUGAAACCGAAGCAUUCUUCUGAGGAGACUCUGCAGAAAUGGAGGAAGGUAUGUGGGUUUGUGAAGAAUCCUAAGAGAAGGUUCCGAUUCACUGCAAAUCUCUCCAAGAGAUAUGAGGCUGCUGAAAUGAGAAAGACCAAUCAGGAGAAGCUAAGGAUUGCGGUUCUAGUUUCUAAAGCUGCGUUUCAAUUUAUCCAAAAUCUGUCACCAAGUGACUAUGGUGUACCUGCAGAAGUCAAGGCUGCGGGCUUUGAUAUUUGUGCUGAUGAGUUAGGAUCCAUUGUUGAAGGCCAUGAUGUGAAGAAGCUUACAUUUCAUGGUGGGGUAAAUGGUAUUGCAGAAAAACUCUCCACUUCAACUGAUAGUGGGCUUCCUACGGAUAAUGAUCUUUUGACUCGUAGACAAGAGAUUUAUGGAAUCAAUAAGUUCGCUGAGAGUGAAGUUCGAAGUUUCUGGAUAUUUGUUUGGGAAGCCCUUCAGGACAUGACUCUAAUGAUACUUGGGGUGUGUGCAUUUGUGUCUCUACUAGUGGGCAUAGCAACAGAAGGAUGGCCAAAAGGGGCUCAUGAUGGCCUUGGAAUUGUUGCAAGCAUCUUGUUAGUUGUGUUUGUCACAGCAUCAAGUGAUUAUCGUCAAUCAUUACAAUUUAAGGAUCUGGACAAGGAGAAAAAGAAGAUUACUGUUCAGGUCACAAGAAAUGGAUUUAGGCAGAAAUUAUCAAUAUAUGAUUUGCUUCCAGGUGAUAUUGUACAUCUUGCUAUUGGAGACCAAGUUCCUGCAGAUGGGCUUUUUGUUUCAGGAUUUUCCGUAUUAAUUGAUGAAUCAAGUUUAACUGGCGAAAGUGAACCAGUAAUGGUUAGCUCAGAAAAUCCCUAUAUGCUCUCUGGAACAAAGGUCCAAGAUGGAUCAUGCAAAAUGUUGAUUACCACUGUUGGGAUGAGAACCCAGUGGGGUAAACUGAUGGCAACUCUUAGUGAAGGAGGAGAUGAUGAAACACCAUUGCAGGUGAAAUUGAAUGGAGUGGCAACCAUUAUUGGCAAGAUAGGGCUUGCCUUUGCUGUAGUGACUUUUGCAGUUUUGGUGCAAGGGCUCUUUACCCGUAAGUGGAAUGACAGCUCCCACUGGAGUUGGUCUGGAGAUGAAGCAUUGGAGCUGCUUGAAUACUUUGCAGUUGCAGUUACAAUUGUUGUUGUUGCAGUUCCAGAGGGGCUUCCACUGGCUGUGACAUUGAGCCUUGCCUUUGCCAUGAAAAAGAUGAUGAAUGAUAAAGCCCUUGUUCGACAUCUUGCUGCUUGUGAGACCAUGGGAUCAGCAACAACUAUCUGCAGUGAUAAAACUGGGACACUGACUACUAAUCAUAUGACAGUUGUGAAAUCAUGCAUCUCCAUGAAUGUCAAGGAAAUAGGCCAACCUGAUAAGGCUUCAAGCUUGUGCUCCGACAUCCCUACUUCUUCUCUGAAACUUCUGCUACAAUCAAUUUUUAAUAACACUGGAGGUGAAGUUGUUGUUAGUAAAAGUGGUAAACUCGAGAUACUAGGAACACCCACUGAGAGUGCUAUAUUGGAGUUUGGCUUGUCUCUAGGUGGAGAUUUCCAAACAGAGCGUCAAGCAGUCAAACUUGUUAAAGUUGAGCCUUUUAACUCUACAAAGAAGCGAAUGGGGGUAGUAGUGGAGCUUCCUGAAGGAGGCUUGCGAGCCCACACAAAAGGUGCUUCAGAAAUAGUUUUGGCUGCCUGUGACAAGGUAAUCAAUUCAAAUGGUGAAGUUGUUUCCCUUGAUGAAGCAUCCAUCAACCACCUUAAGGUUACUAUAGAUCAGUUUGCUAACGAGGCUCUUAGAACACUAUGUCUUGCCUACAUGGACCUGGAAAGUGGAUUUUCCCCAGAUGAUCCUAUUCCAGUAACUGGGUAUACUUGCAUAGGAAUUGUGGGUAUUAAAGAUCCUGUUCGUCCUGGAGUUAAGGAGUCUGUUGCAGUUUGUCGUUCAGCUGGUAUCACUGUACGAAUGGUCACAGGAGAUAAUAUAAAUACUGCUAAGGCUAUAGCUAGGGAAUGCGGGAUUCUCACUGAUGACGGUAUAGCCAUUGAGGGUCCAGACUUUAGAGAGAAGAAACAAGACGAAUUGCUUCAACUAAUUCCCAAAAUUCAGGUGAUGGCUCGAUCUUCACCUUUAGACAAGCACACACUGGUGAAACAUUUGCGAACCACGUUUGGUGAAGUUGUUGCAGUGACUGGUGAUGGAACCAAUGACGCGCCAGCUCUUCAUGAAGCAGAUAUUGGUCUAGCCAUGGGCAUUGCCGGAACUGAGGUGGCCAAAGAGAGUGCUGAUGUCAUAAUUCUGGAUGAUAAUUUUUCUACUAUCGUGACAGUGGCCAAAUGGGGACGUUCAGUUUACAUAAAUAUUCAAAAAUUUGUACAAUUCCAGCUGACAGUUAAUGUUGUUGCAUUGGUUGUUAACUUCUCUUCAGCUUGUUUGACAGGUAGUGCUCCCCUUACUGCUGUUCAGCUUUUGUGGGUAAAUAUGAUCAUGGAUACGCUGGGAGCUCUUGCACUUGCAACAGAGCCUCCAAACGAUGAAUUAAUGAAGCGCACACCAGUUGGAAGGAAAGGGAAUUUUAUCAGUAAUGUCAUGUGGAGGAAUAUCCUAGGCCAGUCUUUGUAUCAGUUUAUGGUAAUAUGGCAUCUUCAGGCAAAUGGGAAAGCAAUAUUUAGUCUUGAUGGCCCAAAUUCGGAUCUUAUCCUGAACACUCUUAUAUUUAACUCCUUUGUCUUUUGUCAGGCUUUCAAUGAGAUAAGCUCGCGUGACAUGGAAGAAAUCAAUGUUUUCAAAGGCAUACUGGACAACUAUGUAUUCGUUGCUGUCCUUGGUUGCACUGUCAUUUUCCAAAUCAUAAUUGUGGAAUUCCUGGGUACAUUUGCAAAUACAACACCUCUCACUCUCUCUCAGUGGCUUGUCAGUGUAUUCAUUGGAUUUCUCGGCAUGCCAAUUGCUGCUGUCUUAAAGAUGAUCCCAGUAUAAAUUGCAUUUAAGAGAUGCCGUCCUUCUGAAUGAACUUUAAACCCUAUGUUUGGUAACUGGCUUUAAGGUUCCCUCUUCUUGUGAUGGAAAAUUAUCAUGUAAUGAAAGUUAUUGCACAGGAGAGUUCUCUUGGCACGUCUUUUAGACGGAAUAAAGGAGAAAUUUGGAAUGUCAAAAGUACAAUUUCCAAAACAGGGGGUUUAUGAGAUCCCACUUUUCUUCUUUAUUGUCAAUUUUUUCUUGGCAAUUCUAAAAGAUGUUGCCACUUUUAGAUGCAUCUUGUAGGUGGAAUUCAAGUUUGUAGGCUCUAUUUAAGGGUGCUCCUGAUUUUACAGUCAUCUUGUAAAGGAACUUGUUCAUUGGAUCAUUAUUUUACUCUUCAUGUAGUUAAAUAUUUCUUCAUUUUUGUAAUGUUUUGAUUUGUAAGUUUUGGAUUAUUCUGUUUCUGAAAUGAAGGUAUUACUCUGACAAUUACAAGGUUGGCUUAACCUGUUGGCCUGGUAACCUUUCUGUUGACAAA